AUGGAAGCACUUUACAAGCUUGGCAACUACAAGUUCAAGCAGAUGUUGGGCGAAGGGAUGUAUGCUGUGGUGUAUUUGGCCGAGCAGGACGCAGAGCCCUGGGCUAUAAAGGUCAUAAACAAGGGAAAGUGUAGAAAACGCGGAACCAGGCAUGCCCAAAAAGAAAUCGCAGCGCUGCUGCGCUUGGGGAAAAAGGCUGGGGUUGUGCACCUAAAAGAGUGGAGAGAAAACGAAACCUUUUUCUUCAUUGUUCUGUCGUACUGCCCAGGGUAUUCUCUUGACAACACGCCGACUUUGCUGAGCGUGCAGGAGAUUCUCUACACUGCGCUCUCUAUCCUUGAAACACUGAAAAGGAUACACUCCCUGGGCGUCUUUCACUUAGACAUAAAGCCGUCCAACGUCAUCGUGUCAAGACACGGUGCGUGCUUGGUGGACUUUGGAUGCUCCAUUAUUUCCGAGAACGGCGUGGUUGAAAAACACAUGCUGCCCUUUGAGGGAACGCCUGCAUACAUGGCGCCCGAGAUGAUCAAAAGCACAGACCCCUUUAUUUCUCUUGAAUCGCUUGACGUGUGGAGCUUCGGGUGCCUGCUUUAUUAUCUGGCUGCAGGGAAAAAUGCGUUUGUCUCUGCCUCGCUGUACUCUCUGUAUCCAAAGAUUCUUCACUGCAAAGUAGACUACACGGGGAUGCCUGCAGAGAUAGAGCAGAUAUGCAGAAAGAUCUUUAUCCAGCUGCCCAACGAAAGAAUCUGUCUGAUGAACCUUAUUGCCCUUGUCAAAAGCAAACUUGUUUCUCCUUUGCAGCAAAAUGUCUAA